UAUAUCCUUACCCCUCUUUUGCCUGCGUGCUGUGUUUGCUCUCUCCUUCAGUUUCUUUGUCUCUCUUUAUAAAUAAGUAGGAAACUUCUUUAGAUCAGAGAGCAAAGGGGCAGGAGAAAAACUAUCUUCUUAAGGUUUUAUUUGUGCCAACAUAGAAGUGCUUUGUGGUAGGCCAUCUGGACCGGGAGGAUUUCCUCAGAAUGUAAAGUAUGUCGUAAGAUUUAGAGAGCUGGGAUUUGCUCUGGAACUAUCUGGGAAGGCAGCAGGAAACGUAGACAGAACUGGUUUAUAUUGCUUGUAACGUAGGUGGCAAGAAUGGAAGACAGCUUGCCUGGUCUCGCUUCUGUGUGUGGUUCCUCUACACUUACGAACUUCUGCGCUGAUGAUAGUAUUUCUGCUGCAAGUACUUCUGAUGUUCAAGAUCGCCUCUCAGCUCUUGAGUUACGAGUUCAACAACAAGAAGAUGAAAUCACUGUGCUGAAGGCAGCUUUGGCUGAUGUUUUGAGGCGUCUUGCAAUCUCUGAAGAUCAUGUAGCCUCAGUGAAAAAAUCAGUCCCAAGUAAAGGCCAGCCAGGCCUUCGAGAAGCUAUUUCCAUGUCCUGUAUAACGAAUGGGAGUGGUGCAAGCAGAAAACCAAGUCACACCAGCUCUGUCUCAAUUGCAAGAAAAGAAACUCUUUCAUCUGCUGCUAAAAGUGGUACAGAAAAAAAGAAAGAAAAACCACAAGGACAGAGAGAAAAAAAAGAGGAAUCUCACUCUAAUGAUCAAAGUCCACAAAUUCGAGCAUCACCUUCUCCCCAGCCCUCUUCACAGCCUCUCCAAAUACACAGACAAACUCAAGAAAGCAAGAAUUCUACUCCCACCAAAAGCAUUAAACGACCACCAACAGCUGAAAAGUCACAUAAUUCAUGGGAAAAUUCAGAUGAUAGCCGUAAUAAAUUAUUGAGGGCAGUUUCAACAUCAAAAUUAAUAUCAAAAGUUAUAAAAAAUACAGACAAGCAUAAAGAUGUCAUCAUCAACCAAGAAGGAGAAUAUGUUAAAAUGUUUAUGCGAGGUCGGCCAAUUACGAUGUUCAUUCCUUCUGAUGUUGACAACUAUGACGACAUCAGAACAGAACUGCCUCCUGAGAAGCUCAAACUAGAGUGGGCAUACGGUUAUCGAGGAAAGGACUGUCGCGCUAAUGUUUACCUUCUUCCUACCGGGGAAAUUGUUUAUUUCAUAGCAUCAGUAGUAGUACUAUUUAAUUAUGAGGAGAGAACUCAACGACACUACCUGGGUCAUACAGACUGUGUGAAAUGCCUUGCUAUACAUCCUGACAAAAUUAGGAUUGCAACUGGACAGAUAGCUGGAGUGGAUAAGGAUGGAAGGCCCCUGCAACCCCAUGUCAGAGUGUGGGAUUCAGUUAGUCUAUCUACACUGCAAAUUAUUGGACUUGGAACUUUCGAACGUGGAGUAGGAUGCCUGGAUUUUUCGAAAGCUGAUUCAGGUGUUCAUUUAUGUGUUAUUGAUGACUCCAAUGAGCAUAUGCUUACUGUAUGGGAUUGGCAGAAAAAAUCAAAAGGAGCAGAAAUAAAGACAACAAAUGAAGUUGUUUUGGCUGUGGAAUUCCAUCCAACAGAUGCAAAUACCAUAAUAACAUGUGGUAAAUCUCAUAUUUUUUUUUGGACCUGGAGUGGUAAUUCACUAGCAAGAAAACAGGGAAUUUUUGGGAAAUACGAUAAACCAAAGUUUGUGCAGUGUUUAGCAUUCUUGGGGAAUGGAGAUGUUCUUACUGGAGACUCAGGUGGAGUCAUACUUAUAUGGAGCAAAACUACUGUAGAACCCACACCUGGGAAAGGGCCUAAAGGUGUUUAUCAGAUCAGUAAACAAAUCAAAGCUCAUGAUGGCAGUGUGUUUACACUUUGUCAGAUGAGAAAUGGGAUGUUAUUAACUGGAGGUGGAAAAGACAGAAAAAUAAUUCUGUGGGAUCACGAUCUGAAUCCUGAAAGAGAAAUAGAGGUUCCUGAUCAGUAUGGAACAAUCAGAGCUGUAGCAGAAGGAAAGGCAGAUCAAUUUUUGGUAGGCACAUCACGGAACUUUAUUUUACGGGGAACGUUUAAUGACGGCUUCCAAAUAGAAGUACAGGGUCAUACAGAUGAGCUUUGGGGUCUUGCCACACAUCCCUUCAAAGAUUUGCUCUUGACAUGUGCUCAGGACAGACAGGUGUGCAUGUGGAACUCAGUGGAACACAGGCUGGAAUGGACCAGGCUCGUAGAUGAACCAGGACACUGUGCAGAUUUUCAUCCAAGUGGCACAGUGGUGGCCAUAGGAACGCACUCAGGCAGGUGGUUUGUUCUGGACGCAGAAACCAGAGAUCUAGUUUCUAUCCACACAGAUGGGAAUGAACAGCUCUCUGUGAUGCGCUACUCAGUAGAUGGCACCUUCCUGGCUGUAGGAUCUCAUGACAACUUUAUUUACCUCUAUGUAGUCUCAGAAAAUGGAAGAAAAUAUAGCAGACAUGGAAAGUGCACUGGACAUUCCAGCUAUAUCACACACCUUGACUGGUCCCCAGACAACAAGUAUAUAAUGUCUAACUCGGGAGACUAUGAGAUCCUGUACUGGGACAUUCCAAAUGGCUGCAAACUAAUCAGGAAUCGAUCGGAUUGUAAGGACAUUGAUUGGACGACAUACACCUGUGUGCUAGGCUUUCAAGUCUUUGGUGUCUGGCCAGAAGGAUCUGAUGGGACAGAUAUCAAUGCACUGGUGCGAUCCCACAAUAGAAAGGUGAUAGCUGUUGCUGAUGACUUUUGCAAAGUCCAUCUGUUUCAGUAUCCCUGCUCCAAAGCAAAGGCUCCCAGUCACAAGUACAGUGCCCACAGCAGCCAUGUCACCAAUGUCAGUUUUACUCAUAAUGACAGUCACCUGAUUUCAACUGGUGGAAAAGACAUGAGCAUCAUUCAGUGGAAACUCGUGGAAAAGUUACCUUUGCCUCAAAAUGAGAUUGUAGCAGAUACCACGAUAACCAAAGCCCCCAUCUCUUCCACUGAGGGCGUCAUGCAGUCAGAAAUUCCCACACCACCUCCUUCCCAGCCCCCACAUGAGACGGCUGAAGAAGAAAGUAGAAGAAGCAGUUCUCCCACACUUCUGGAGAACAGCCUGGAGCAAACUGUGGAGCCCAGCGAGGAGCAGAGUGAGGCAGGCAGCGAGGACCUCGCUGAGCCUGUGUGUGAAGAGCCAGCCAAAGAGAUGAGCGAUGAGCAGGGUGAAGCCGCUCUUCCUGAGGACCAGCAAGACCCUUCGCCCCAGUCCUAACCCCAGACUUCAGUGCGACUCUUUUCCUCCAGCCGCAUGGUGGUCUUGUGAUAGAGUUCAGGUAACAGGCCAGGAAGUGAUGGAGAAUCACUAUUGAUGGAGAUUUGGGUUUUUGCGUGACCUGCUUUCAAUAGUCUUAUCUUCCGUCUUUCAAAUGCAGUCGACCUAAAGGUUCGGUGUGGUGUGUGCUGAAAAUUAACCAAACUUAAUAGUAGGAAAAGACUGAAACAUUAAGUAUGUCUCAGAAAUUACUGUGUGAGGAGUAUGAUGUAAAUACUGGAAACAAAAGCAGCAAUUGUGUAGGUUUAAAGUAAAUCCCCCGUUAUCUGACAGGCUUUCUUCAGGAACAACCAGAGACACCACAAACACUCGUCUACUGGCUCAGACUCUUGCUACUUUUUCCCCGAUGCUGAAAAAGAAACCAAAACACCUCUCUUACUGAGAUGUCCUCCUGCCCCAAAUGUCUAGUAGAAAUGUUUCAGUUAAGAAAAACUUCAGUCUUGCCACAAGCAGUGGUGUUGCCUUCUUGAGUAAUAAUGACGUUCUCCUACCCUGCCAGUAGAUGUCCAGGUGUGCUUGGGGGCCUGCCACAUAGGUGCUGCCUUUACCAAGUCAGAGUGACGGAUUCAAUUUCCUGUGUGCAAAAUCCAUUUUAUCUUAGAACUAAGAAAGCAGUGGUUUGUUAAAGAGCUUCUAAUGUAUAUUAAACCAUUGAUACUCAGAAAUAAAGGAUUCCUCCAAGGAUUCCUUUACUGGCCUAAACAUCUUCAAAUGUUUGACAUUCAAUGGAAGAUUGGAAGAAAAAAAAAAAAACCGCAUGCCUAUAAAACUAAACUUGGCUAAUUUUAGCUUAGCCUUCAUCAUAAUUUGUUCCCUCGAUAACAAAUAGUAAGUUUAAAUGAUUGAAUUGGUGCUUGACAUUCAUGGGUUUAGUUGUAACUUUUAUACAGAUUAUUGAGGGAUAAAAUACUCAGCAAAUUGCAGAUUUCUUUUUUAUAGACGUGUGAAUAAUAGUUACAGUAAUUUUUUAUAAAUUGAAUACUUAGCAGACUUGCUAUAUAUGGUGACUUUUCUCUGGUGGAGUUGUUCUAAAGCCUUGCAAUUUCUGAUGUGGCUCUUUAUUUUGGGCAGUGCAUGUAUUAUGCAUCGGAUAGUUGUUUUUUUAAGUUUUGUCAGACUAUGUUUUUCUUAGUUAUUUCCUAUUUUCAAAAUAAUUACUGACAAAUAUGCAUUUCCUAUAUAUUUGUUUAUACUUUGAUUAUAAAAAAACUUCUAUUUUUUAACUUGCUGCAUUGUUUUGAUAUUUCUUUUUUUUUUUUUUUUUUUUGGUUAGAUGUUAGAAACUUUGGGUGAGUUCAGAAGUCUUAAGUAUGCAAGUGUUUACGUGAUUGUGCCAUUCCAAAGUGCAUCAGAACUGUCAUUCCCUUCUAGUAUCUUCUCAGGAGUAAUAUAAAUCAGGUAUUUCAUCGUCAUUUGGUAAUAUACAAACUCCAGUGAACUCCCAAGGACACUCACAACAUUUGUAUUCACAUGCUGUAAGGGUGUGGGUGUGUGUGAAGGGGUGAGUGUGACACCUACUCUGUGUGUGUAUCUCUAUGUAAGAGGAUAUACGCCACGUUGAAAAUACUCAGUGUGUAUCUCUACGUGUAUAGACAUAAGUCCGUGUAUUAUCUCUUUCCUUUUGUUUACAACUGUUCAAAAAAAAAACCUCAAAGUAGUUCUCUUCAAAAGAAGAGAGAUUCCAAGCAACCCAUCAUUUCUCAGUAUGUUUGUACAUAAUCAUCAGAGAGCAGCCGCAGUAUCAGGCAUACGUGCUUGCCUAUUAGCUGUGGUGAUUAAAUCAGGUCAGCAUGUGCUGCUCCCUGCAAGAAAAAUACUAUGAGAUAAACAAGUAAUUCUAGGAGAAGAAAAAGCAUUUUAAGUCCCUGGGGGACACAGCUCUCCGUGAUAAGCAGGGAGUGUUUUAGGGACAACAGUCACCUCUGGGGUUGCCGUGUACAACGAGAUGUAGAGUCAUGACACUCUUGGGUGGGAGCUUCCAAAGACACUACUAACGCGCAGAAAGCGUUCCAGCUCUCUACUGCUGGCAACUACUGUGUAACAGUCAAUUAAAUCUGUGAUAAUGGUUGGAAGUGGGUGGGAUUAUAAAAUUGUAGAUGUUUUUAGAAAACUUGUGAAUGAAAAUGAAUCCAAGUGUUUCAUGUGAAGAUGUUGAGCCAUUUCUAUCAUGCAUUCCUGUCUUAUGGCAGAAAAUUUUGAAGAUUAAAAAAUAAAAUAAUCAAAAUGUUUCAUUUGUCUCUC